AUGACGUCUCCAACUCCAAUGGCGCAGCCCACUAUGAUGGCAGAAAAGAUCAAGCCCCACUACUUGUGCAACAAGCAGGAGUGCAUCACGGAGCUGAAGGACUUUGGCGAGAAUCCUCACAAGGACCUCUCGCUCCAGGAGCUCCGGGUGCUUCUGCGCGAGAUGCGCAAGCGUCUGGGGUUGAUUGCCAACUCUCAGGGCCCUUCCAUCAUGAAGCAGAUCAAGGAUGCCAAGCGCGACGAGUUGCGUCGCCUGUGCUCAAGCCGCGAGAUUCCAUUCACCAACCAAGCUUCAGUGGGAGAACUUCGCCUUGCUUUGCGCCAGCAUGUGAUCAGCAAUGCCAACGGCGAAACAGUCAUGGAGAUCGGUCGCCAUGCCGGCGGAACCUUCAACGAGAUCUUGCACAACUACCCCAAGUAUGCAGAGUGGGCAAUUCAGGAAGUGAACCAGGCGGAGGACGCCGACUGGCGCCUGAUCCAGUUUGCCAAGUGGGCCGAGAAGGUGAGCCAGGCACCAGAGCUAUGGGCAGCUCCCGAGACCUAUGUGCCCGGCAAUGCCCAGCAGGCCAUUCAGGAGAGCAUGAACCGCAAGCCCAAGUCAGAGCAGCCAAUGACCAUCAAGAGCCACGAGCCAGUCGAGCAGGGCAUCCAACACGAAAUGAUGCACAUGAUGAAGAACAUGAUGGUCGAAUUUCAUACCAUGAAGGAAGAGCUCCAGGAGCUCAAGAGUCAGUCAGGGUCAGCCGCCUCUUCCAAGAAUCGCAAGACCACCACGAGCCAGAUGAGCUUCGAGCAGGCUGAGGGUAGUCAGCUUCGCGAAGCAGCCAAUAGGUAUGAUGCGGAAGGGACUUGGAGAUCCCGAAAACUGGAUGAAUUCUUUUCAAAGAAGCAGAUCAUGUUGGAUGCCAUCCCAGGGGAUGCACACUGGCACAUAUCGCCUCUAGAGCGUAGUGUUGCAUGGCUCAAAGAAAAUCUCUCACGCCAGACCGCAGAAGAUCCAGAUUUCACCACUCAGGAUGGCGUUGCCAUGGCCAUCUCCAUCUGGAAUCAGAGAGAAAUGGUGCGGGGAUUUUCUCCAUACCAACAUGCGCUGGGCAGAACACCGGACCUGAGUGGCCGCCUCUUUGACAGUGAGGUGCAGGGGCUUCCAAUAGAGCUGAUGGAAAAUCCAGAAGGUGAACAUGUGCGGCAACAGGAGGCCCGAGUGAAGGCUGAGCAGAGUUUUGUCAGAUGGCAGGCAACAGAGCGAAUCAAAAGAGCCUUGAACUCGAAGGCAAGAAGCCUACCCGAGUACUGCCCAGGCGACCUUGUGUUCUACUGGAGAAGCUACAUCAAGGCCAAGCAAGAUGGCACGCAACAUCAGACUGGAGCAUUAGGUGGCUACGCUGGGCCAGCCCGAGUUCUGGCUCUGGAAACCCGGAGGGAGGGCGACGGCAAACUGCGCCCCAGCUCAGUGGUGUGGUUGGUGCGCAACAAUCGCCUUCUGAAGGCUUCCAUUGAACAACUUCGACCAGCUUCUGAACGGGAACAUGCCAUACAUGAAGCUGAACGACCACCAAACAUCCCAUGGUCCAUGACGGAACUGGCUCAACCUUUGGGCCGAGAAGAGUAUGAUGACAUGACUGGAGAAGGGGGACCACCACCAGAAAUUCGUGGAGCCGAUGAGAUGGCACGCUAUUGGUGUGCACCUCCUAGACGAAGAAUGGCCAUCAAGAUUUCAGAGAGUGCUCAGCGUCAAAAAGAAAGAGAACAGGAUCCAGCCAACCAGCAGCAGCUAGCUGUGGACAUGCAGGUGGAUGCGGAUGGAGACCAGGAGGGGAUUCCUUCUGCAGCGGCACCAAUGCCGGACUCCAUCUUUGAUGAUGUCGAGGAGCCCUCUCGAGAAGCAAGGUCUUGGCCAUCCUCUUCGACAAGAACACACUCCGGCCAAGGAGACAGAAGUAGAUCACCCAUCAGGGCGGAAGCGCGAUCAGAAGAGUCCAGCUUCUGGGCAGAGGAGAAAGCAUUCGUUCAGAUUGAGAUUCCUGUGCCCGCCAGUAGACAUGGCUGGAUGCAGAUGGCGAAGGAUCCUGAGGCCUAUGUCGCCAACAUGCUCAAGAAGAAAGGCGUGGAGGUGUACGAGAAACACAUGGAUGCCGAGACCUUUGACAAAUUCCAAAAGGCAAAAGACGUGGAAGUGAAGAAAUUCCUCGCUGCGGAAGCCUUGCAGGUGCUUCCACUUCACUUGCAGCCCAACACGGACCAAGCCAUUCAAAUGAGAUGGCUUCUCACCUGGAAAGUGGAUGGGGAAGGGGAACAAGAUGUGGAUGGAGGUUGGUUGUUGUCCCAGCGUAGGUACAUGGAGAAGGUCAAAGAAAUCCCUGUCAACCAAGAGCGUAGGAAGAAUAGGAUUGUGGAUGAUCCGGACAUGUUCAGUGGACGUCGUUUGAAGCAACAAGGACGAGACUUGCUGGACUUAGAACGAAAGGUCCCGGACGUGGAACAGCUGCCUUCUUUGAAAAAUUUGUGA